AGAAAUAUCGAAGCCUAUCCACAUUACUUCCAGUUCCUGUCCUCCUUGCUUGGUGGGUUAAUGGCAAUGAGCAGCUGCCCCCGUUCGCUGCCGUUGCCGCCGGGGACUUUCUAUCCCGGGAGCGUCGCGAAGACUAGAAGUGAAGUAUCAUUUGUCAUCAGAAACAAUGUGGAUGAAUCCAGGAACACCAGCAAAGGAAGCUGCUCGGUCGGGCCAAGGCUGAACUUGUUGAGCACCACUGCCAGCAGAAGAGAAGCUAUUGGGAUGGGGUUAGGCCUCGUGCAGCUCAUUGCCUGGCAAUCCCAGAUUGCAGGAGCGGCCGAGACGGCGCCGUGCGAGCUGACGGUGGCGCCCUCGGGGCUCGCCUACUGCGACAAAGUGGUGGGCACCGGGCCUGAGGCUGUCAAAGGACAGCUCAUUAAGGCGCAUUAUGUGGGGAAACUGGAGAACGGGACGGUGUUCGACAGCAGCUACAGCCGCGGCAAGCCUCUUGCUUUCAAAAUUGGGGUCGGCGAGGUGAUCAAAGGUUGGGAUGAAGGCAUUUUAGGUGGGGAUGGAGUGCCGCCUAUGCUUGCUGGGGGAAAACGGAUUCUAAAGCUACCUCCGGAGCUCGGCUAUGGCGUGAGAGGAGCUGGCUGCAAAGGAGGGUCAUGCAUCAUUCCGCCGGAGUCUGUGCUCUUGUUCGACGUGGAGUUCAUCGGCAAGGCUUGACGAGGCAUACGCAUCACCGGCGAAUGUCGUAAACAGAGAGGGGGUCUGGAGAUUUUUCUUCACAUGUAAAUUGGGAUCUUGAGUGAUGCCAUACCGGAUUCUGUAAAGGCACUUCCAUCGUGUUGUUUCACUUCACGGUCUUUUAUAUCUGAAGUAACUGAAAUUAGUAGAAUUUGAUA